UCCUUCAAGAAACUAGUCGGUGAUGAUUUUGCAGUCGUUUUUGUCUUUAUCGUCCUGUUUUUAUCUUCGAUACAGCCGACACUGACAGACAUGUACACAUUUAUUGCUAGGAACGCGUAUAGUGGAAGAAGAGUGUGCACAUUUUUGCCAUUGUGGAUUCUGAGAAGCACGACAGAGGAAGGGCGAUAUAGGAUGAUGGAGCAGCAUCAGCAGUGUUUUGUCCGGCAUACGAGCUGUACAGCCAAUAUGAGGACAGCUCUGCGUAGCGCCUUCCCGGUGUUAGACCUUCCCCUGCAGCCCAUCCACCAGCAUGUUUAUGAGGCAAACCUUCACAAUAGCAACACCUGCCGCAACAAGUUUAUGGAGUUAAGUGAGAAGGUCACUAAAGGAGGUGGGGAAAAUGCGAUUGCCAGACACACACAGAGGAACAAGAAGUUGUUGGUGAAAGACCGAUUGCGCCUACUUUUGGAUGAUGAAGACUUCCUAGAGCUGUCACACUUCGCAGGUCUGGGUCUUCCUUAUGGUGAUAUCCCAUCAGCCGGAUGCCUCACAGGUGUUGGCAAGAUCAAUGGCCUGUGGUGUGUAUUCAUUGCCAAUGAUGCCACAGUGAAGGGGGGCACAGCUUAUCCAAUCACAGUUAAGAAGCAGCUGCGAGCACAAGAGGUGGCGAUUCAGAAUCGUUUGCCCUGUGUCUACCUCAUCGACUCUGGAGGAGCUUUUCUACCCUUGCAGUCGGAGAUCUUUCCUGACAAGAACCAGGGAGGAAGGACAUUUUAUAAUGAAGCCAUCAUGUCUGCAAUGAAGAUCCCACAGGUGUCGGUGGUGUGCGGUUCAUGCACAGCGGGUGGAGCCUACAUCCCCACCAUGGCAGAAGAGACAGUGAUGGUGCACAGGAUAGGGACCAUGUUCUUGGGAGGACCGCCACUGGUUAAGGCUGCCACAGGAGAGGAAGUCACACCAGAAAACCUUGGAGGAGCUAGGCUUCAUGCCGAGGUGAGUGGGUGUGUGGAUCAUUUUGCCUGGGAAGAGAAAGACGCUUUUGAGUGUGCCCGGAACAUCAUAUCAACACUCAACUUCACACUCCCUGAGGAGGAGGAGGAUGAAGAGAAGAUGAGGAGGAGGAAAGAUGAGGAGAAGCCUCUGUUUAGUUCAGAGGAGCUGCUGGGUCUUGCCCCCAGAAGUUACACUUACAGUCUGGAUGUUAAAAUGGUUAUUAGUCGACUGACAGACGGAAGUCGCUUCCAGGAGUUUAAAGCCUGUUUUGGAACCACACUCAUCACUGGGUUUGCAAAGAUACAUGGUCACCUUGUAGGAAUAGUAGCCAACAAUGGACAGCUGUCAUAUCAGUCUGCUCUGAAGGGAAGCCACUUUGUCCAGCUGUGUGACCAGAGAGAUGUCCCACUCCUCUUCCUCCAGAACACUGCACCAUCAGCAACAUUAACCCUCUCCUCAACACAGGCAGAAAUGAACAGCAACUGCCUGAAAGCUCAGGGUUCAAUGAUGUCAGCAGUGGCCUGCGCCUCUGUACCCAAAAUCACUGUGGUGAUAGGAGGUUGUCACGGCGCUGACAGCUAUGCAAUGUGUGGAAGGUCUUUUGACCCCAACUUCCUGUUCCUGUGGCCCAAUGCCAGAGUGUCCCUGACAGCUGUCGGUCACAUUGGCCAUCUGCUUCACUCUGACAAUGAGCAAGAGGAGGAGCGAAAAAACACGGAGAACGAUCUCAACAGGAUGUUAGAGGAGGAGAGUUCGGCUUUUUUUUCCUCGGGACGGCUCUGGGAUGAUGGAGUUAUUCUGCCUCAAGACACUCGGAGGGUUCUUCGAGACUGUCUGAAUAUCAUCAAACAGCAAAACUAUCAGCUUUCAACAGAGAAACUGCAAUCAGCACUUUUACGGAUUUAAAAAAUCUUUCACACAUCAUUGAGACAUUUUUUCCAUUGCGAUGCCUUUUGUACCGCAUUGGGUCAUCUACCAAUGUUGAACAGAAGUGCCUCUUCCUGGAUCAGUAGGAGAUCAUGUAAUCUGGACCGGAUGAUUUGACUGAAGUUUGACAGGCCACUUUCUGAGUGUUUUUCUUGUUUUUUUCACACAAUAUGACAAUUUCAGGCUAUUGUUCGUGUGUGUUUGGUGCUAGCAUGUAGUAUGGAUGGUGUACGGUUCGGUCCGCCCUGCACGGGACAAUCCGCAUUUAUGGACCUCGGUUUUGUGUUACAUUUUGCACUGUGUGCGCGCACGUGCCGGUCCAGGCUUGCAAAAAAUUCUCCCAGCGACUUUACACACAGUACAUAUUUCAAGUGAGGGACAGUCUGCCUAAAAGGACGAAAAGGCAGGGCAUUUGACAACAGAGUGUAUAUCAGAGAGUAUAGACACCAACAGCCGCACAGCCUGGCCCGUCUGUGUCUGUGUCGGUGAUGCACAGAAACGACGCGGUGCGGGCAGAACAUCGCCCAGCCUCCUGGCCCAGACGUCGAGGUGCGGUACACCUGUUUUUGAACACUUCACCUAGAAGUACUAGAUGGUACAACUAUUACUGUUGCACUUCAGUUAAGGAACUUUACUAAACAUAAAAUGAUCAUCACCCUGUUCUAACUCUUACUGUUUACAGCGUUUCCAAAGUGCGGCCCAGGAGUCAUUUUUGGCCCACUGCUUGUUCUUUGUGCUUUUUAAUGAAAAAUGUUAUUUGAUUUUACAUUAAUUUGCUUUGUCACCUACACUGUAAUGCAAAGCCUGUAUGGCUUAGAGUGCAAUAUGCUGACCUACACUGGAUUGGUUUUAUAGCAUCUUUAAAGUACACGUCAAAGUGGCCCCCCACAUCCUUCAAUUUUUUUUGUAUGCUAGAUCAGUGUUUUUCAACCAAGUGAGGGAUUGUCUGGUGUGCCGUGGGAAAGUAUCCAAUUUCACCUAAUUAUUAUCCGCAAAUAAUGUGCCGUUGCCGAGUGUCUGUGCUACCUAGUAGUGAUCGGCAUGUAAGAGAAACCAUGUAAUACACUUCCAUAUCAGUGGGUGGCAGCAGGUAGCUAAGUGCUUUAGAGUCCCUUGAUUGAGAGAGUUAAGACAACUGAGAUUACGGUGCCAUGUUGGGGCCAAUUCAAGCGUGCACAGUAAAACAAUGCAUGUAAAAAGUGGUAUAAAGAAUAUUAAGGUAUCCAGUGUAAUAUCCAUAAAAUAACUGCAGUUUAGACUAAAUGCACGAAAUGAGGUUCCCACAACCAUACAGAUCAAAAUAAAUCUAAAAUUGGGCCAGAUUAUAAACUGUAUAAUACGAUUUUUAUAAAAAUGUUUUCAUUAUUGCACUUCACGUCUAACAGUGCGAAUUCCUUUUACAGUUUUGAAGCAUUUUAAAUUUCAUUUUCAUGCUUCAUUUAAAAAAAUAAUUUUAAUUAAUAAUAAAUAAUGCAGAGAAAUUGUGUGGAGACAAGAGUUGUUCUCUUUAAGCACAAAAUAAGCACCAAAACCGAGGUAUGGAUUGGACCGUGGGUCACCUCUACCGUUGCACCCCGAGUAUGCAUGGUAUCACUUUUCCUUUGUGCCAGUUAAAUGUUUUGGUGAUACGGGUGUCACGAGGCACCUAACUCACAAGACAAUUAGCAGUCAUGACCAAGGAGACUAGACUUAAACAGAACUGCCACUCGGCAUCCAUUUCCGUAUCAUGCCCUGCGUGGGUUUGGCCGCCAUGAUGGUGACAAGAAUCCAGAAACAUUGCAUUGUAAACAUGACCUCGGCACAAUGCUCAGCCAUUAAUUGCUCUAAUAAACACUCCAAAAGACCAGAUUUGUCAUUUUCAAGUUCUUCAAAAACAAAGACAGGUAUGUGUCAUAAAAAUGUUGUGGAUUUUAGAACACAGGUUGUAAACAAACAGGACAGUGGACAAGACUCACGGAGUGUAUAUUAGCUUAAAGCUAAUUUGUUUCUCUGGGUGAUUAGUCGAAUUCAUGACAAGUCAGUGAUGAUGAUGAUUUAGGUUAUAGUCUAUCAAAUGUAUGAACAAAUCUAUUACUGAAAUAAAUGUUGCAUUGUGUAAAUAAUUCCAGUUAAUUAUCCAUAUAAGUGUUAUUAUUUUGUAUGUUGAUUGUUAAGCGUUGGUAACACUGUAAGGAAGAAAAAACAAGUCAAAGAAGGAAAAAGAUUAUUUCAUACUGCUUAUUUGACAUCUACAUGUAGGCACAUAGAGUUUUACAUACAUAUUUACAUACAUAUUUUAUACUCGGCACACAUUGUACACUGUUGUGUGGCUAGCCCCGCCCACUUCUCUUGCUCACCAUCAUGGCGGACUUUCUGUUCCAUGGCGUACAACGCUCUGUUCCAUUUGUUGCGGCUGAAUUGGCAGUCCAGUUUAAGUCCAGUGUCCUUGGUAAUGACUGAGAAGAAAGAGGGCGGGCUGUAGUACGUUUGAACGCCAAGCUCCCCAAUUGCAGUACCUAACCAUGACAGAGGUGCUGUAAAGGUGACAGCAUCCGUACUCCGAUGUAUUGUUUCUUUGAUGCCCAAUUCCAGUGUUUGUCACUUCUGUACUUGUCAAGAUGAACAUAUUUGAGGCACACUAUUGUCUUAAGGUUAUUAACUUCUCAUCAUUAAGUAUUUAUUAGUAGGAUUGUCGAGGGCAGAAAAAAACAGAAUUACAAGCAGUAUCAAACAAAAAUGUCUUUAUUUUCCAACAAAAAGUAUGUAAUUAAUCAACAACAAUCGAAUUUGGCACAGACGGAACAGUAAUAGGAACUAAAUACAAGCAAGCAGCACGAGGGAAAGAGCGGAGCUGAUUGGAUGACACGAGAAGAGGGCACGACCAUAAACAUAAAUAUACUGCAUGUCGUAUGUAUUUAUGUCUAUGGGCAUGACGACCAAGAAUAGGUGAAACUACAAUCCCCACGAGACACAUGGAAGACAUGACAUAACCGAGGAAGGAAACAGUCAAAGCAAACAGUUGAAAAGGUUCAAAUAAUAUAAAGCUUGUGCAAAUCCCCGACUGAACAUUUUUGGAUUGUGUUUGUGGAAGUGUUUAAACAAACUUUAGUGCCACAACGUUUGUGCAAGGACAAAAAAAAGUCCAAGCAUCGCUAGCUUGAUGCAGCAGGACUGUGUAUCGACAGUCAGUUUUCUUUCAACUGAUUUGAACUACAUUUAAAAAAAAACAAACAAACAAUAAAACCCCACCUAUUCACAAUUCAGAAUUGUUUUCUCUACUUGAAAUUGUAAAAAAAAAAAAAAAUUAUGGCAACUUAAGUAGAAAGUGUUUUGAUGGCGCGAUCAGCAGGGGGGAAAGAGUGCUGCGUCUCUGAAUCCAGCAGAGGGUGCUGUCCAGCAGGAAGAUGAUUUGACAAGACGUGAUGCUGUGUAACUAUGUUUUGGAAGUACAGUACUGUUAUACAAUACGUAUACCUGUAAUUGUUUCUUGAUGUGUAAAAUUGAAUUUAAAGUGUGUUUAAUGGCUGUCAGAGGCAUAUUAUAAGGCUUAGAGCAGGGGUGUCCAAACAAAAAUUACAACUUUGUGUUUUGCUUUUCUCACAUUAUUAAGGCUUUAAAAAAUAACAUUUUUUCUUUAAAGGGGGCCUAUUAUACAAAUUUUCGGGCCUGUUUAUUGAGUUCUGGACUCCUACAGAGCAGCUACACACGAUAACCCGCACAGAAAGCUUUCUAGAGCUUACAGACUCUGCACCUGUUCCUGCCUCCCACCCAAACGGUCUGUGUAAUUUACUCCUCCAGGUACGCCUGGAGGUCACACUCCCAAGGACUUCAAAUGCGCAAAUAUUAUUAUCUGAUGCGUUUAACACAAGAGUACAACAUUGUAACAUUUGUAGGUCAGAAAAGAGGAAAACAUAAUAGGCCCUCUUUAAUGUUUCAACUCUACCAGUCCAGGGUGUACCCCGCCUCUUGCCCAAAGUCAGCUGGGAUAGGCUCCAGCAUACCCCCGCUACCUUAAUGAGGAUAAGCGGCAUACAAAUUGACAUUAUUUUUCCUCAUAAUACUACAAAGUUCAUUCUUGUAAAAUUGCACCUUUUUUCUCAUUCUCAUUAAAAUACAACUUUUUUUCCUCUUUAUAUUUUGACUUUAUUUCCGUAAAAUGAUAUGUUUUUUUUUUCCUUUUCUGCUGGGUUUUUUUCUUUAAUUUUUCAACUGUUUAAACUUUCGUCUUGUCAAUUUUUUUUUUCCUCGUAAUUAUGACUUUAUUCACAUAAAAUUUGGACUUUUUCCACAACCUAAUUUUCCAAAAAUUACAUUUGUUGUUUUGUCUUUCCUUAAUAUUUCAACUUUUAUGAUAUUAAAAUUAAAAAUUUCCUCAUAAUAUUAGAAAAGUUACUGUCUUAAAAUUAAGAUUUUUUUGCUUUGUUAAAUUACAACUUAUUUGUCUUAAUAUUUUGACUUUAUUCUGCCAUUUUUUCAAUUUUUGCUGUUUUUUUUGUUUUUAGUUUUCUUAUUAAAUUCUUAGGGAUGUCCGAUAUUGAAUUUUUUGCCGAUAUGCCGAUAUUGUCCAACUCUCAAUUUCCGAUUCCCAUAUCAACCGAUAUGGGAAUCAGUCGUGGAAUUAACACAUAUCUGUUGUGAAGCUAAUGGAUUCAGCAUCAGCAAUUAGCUUCCCGACGUGGAUGUAAACAACAUUGUACAACUGGAAGAAAACAUCUGAGAAAUACUUGCGAUUGGGCAUGGCAAAGCGUGGCUCGAGGAACUCCACAAAUUUGGUGAAUCCUGCAGCAGUGCAUUGCCUAGGCGACACUACCACGUCUGCCUGCCGCAGACGUUUUUUUUUUUUUUACAUUCCCGCCCAAAGACAUAAAAUGAAUGAUGAAUUGUGAGCGGGAAUACAGUGUUUUCCACAACGUCGGCAAAUGAUGCUCUCAAAACGAUGUUAUAAUGGCCAAAUAAGUAUUCCCUGGGAUUUGGUUUGGGCAGUAAAACGAGUCGUACACCAUGCAGCAGCAUCUUCUCCGCUUCGACUCUUGCCACAUCCAGUGUUAGAAAGCCCAUAAU